AUGUCGACUAAAUCGCUCGCAAACAGCGUCAGAAGAGCCUUUGGAAACUUAGCGAAGCACAGAAUCAAUACUAAGCGGCAGUAUCCAACAGCAAGCGUUUCUGCAGCUCCGACUGCUAUUCCUCUGUACGAGAUUAUCAUCAGACUGCCAAAUUUGUUCCCGAGGUCCUACAAUGAUUCGGUAAGAGACUAUAACGAUUUCUGCGGGAACACCGACGAAAAGUUCCAGGAAGAGCUUCUCAUGACCUUGCCGUUUUUUGGAGAACCUGGUGGCUCCAAGAGGGCAGAGAUAAUAAGAACAACCAUAGAUGAUGACGGGAAUUAUAUCAAUGAGUUUUGUAUUAUGCCGAAAAAGACUUGUCGAUUGGACAGAAUGAAGCAUUUAAUCUUUAUUCAUGGCUACGGUGCAGGGAUGGGAUUUUUCCUGAAGAAUCUAGAGAAUAUACCUCUCUUGAAUGAUGAGUGGUGUAUCCAUGCAAUAGACCUUCCGGGAUACGGGUUUUCUUCUCGCUGUCGAUUCCCAUUCCACUAUCCAACUGAUACGAUUACCGAUGUUCACAGCUGGUUCCAUGACAGGAUCAAUCGAUGGUUUCAGAGAAGAGAACUUCUGCAAAAUCCUCAAAACAAUAUAAUAAUGGCACAUUCGUUGGGUGCUUAUCUAAUGGCGUUGUACUCUUCGAAAUACCCUGCGCAUUUCAAGAAGAUCAUCAUGUGCUCGCCGGCCGGCAUUUGCCAUUCUACGACUGCUAAAGCCGUUGGUAACGCCAAUCCUCCUUGGUGGUACACAAAGCUUUGGGAUAGAAAUAUAUCGCCAUUCUCCCUCGUUAGAGGAUCCUCCCGCCUGGGUUCCAAAUUGACAAGUGGUUGGACAUACAGGAGAUUCAGAAAGCUGUUGCAUGAAAAAACUGAAAGGAGUACAAGGCAGUUUGAAGCGCUACAUCGAUACAGCUAUGCCAUUUUCAACAAACAGGGAUGUGGAGAGUAUCUAUUGAGCUUUGCACUCCGGUGUGGCGGAGAUCCUCGUAUUCCGCUGGAAGACACGCUAUUCAAGAGAAAAGAUAGUGGUUUGGAGAAGGGUGAUCUUGAGUGGCUUUGGCUUUACGGUGAAAGAGACUGGAUGGAUGCUAACGGUGGAAGACGUGUUUCGCAAUGCUUGAACGAAAAUCUUGGGCAGAAAAGUGAAGUCUUUGUUGUCCCCGAUGCUGGCCACCAUCUCUAUUUCGACAAUUAUGAAUGUUUCAAUAAAAUCAUAGUGAACCAAAUGAAAAGUAUUUAA